AUGUCUUAUGCACCGCCAGGAUGGACCCUGGAGCGACUUCAAACUGCAACUGUUGAUAAUAUACGCGAGAUACCAGAAGAAGAACUCCGUCAGAUUGAUAAGAGUUUAAUUCCUGUCGAGAAUGUUCAAGUCCGAAUAGUGAUCGGCCGUGCAAUUCACAACGAACAUCGACGGAAACUCCGCGUGGAGCGGGGCCUACCACCUUGUCCGGGGGUGCCACUUUUUGAAGAGAGUGUCGACUUCGUUGUGCAGGUAGUAGAAAGGGAAGGAUACGAUGACUUUGGAUAUAUCAGGUUUCGAACCGAUUACUCUGAUCAACAACGCUGGGAGCAGUGGGAGAAAGACUACGAGCGCAUAGAGGAAACCAUGACCAAGAAAAUCCGCGGGUGGAAGAAAGUCGAAGACAAAUGCUUUAUGCCAAGCUACGAAGACAAGGAUUUACAAGGCGCCACACAUAAACGGAUCCAGCAGGAAUACUAUGAGUACAAGGAGUCCAACGGUAUCGUCCCGGGACUUGACACCGGUGUGUGUCUAGUUGUCGAUUCAGUUGCCAUGGACUCUAUGGCAACCGACCUGCCGUGGGUGUAUGUAUUGGAUUUAUCGUUUGAUCAUGGAAGUCAGGUCGAAGAAGGAGAAUAUCCAGGCUACUUCCGAGUUGCUCUGGAGUCACUUCUAAUGGAUCUUUACCCGCUGCUCGGAAUUAUGCCGUUCCACGAACUUUGGCCUCAGGAAGAUAAAGUAUGGGUCUCGAUCAUAAAUAUGUAA